AUGCAAUAUGUGUCACUCAGUCCCACCCCACACCCGGGCGGGCACCGGGGCACGGGCCUGGCCCAGCUCACCCUGGCCAAGGCCCCGCCCCCUGUCCGCCCCCGGGCGGGCGCUGGGUGGCGCUGCGGCGCCGCCGAAUCCAACAUGGAGGCCGAGGAGGCCGAGGCCUUGGGGCCUGGUGAUGGUGGUGGUGGUGGCCAUCGGUCAUCCUGCGUGGUCGCCCCCGACGACGACCCUUCCCCUCCCGGCUCCCCCCAAAGCAGAAGGGACGUGCAGAGAAGCAGCUUCCUGCUUUUGGACCCAAAAGAAGCGCUGCAGGUGGGCAGCGCCGAGGCCCUGGCCCUGCAGCUGGGCUGUGCCCCCGGCCAGCGCGUCAAGGUGCUGUCGGUGUUCGGGAACACGGGCGACGGCAAGUCCCACAGCCUCAACGAGGCCCUGUGCGGGGGCCGCCCCGUCUUCCCCACGGGCUCGGGCCAGGUCCCGGGCACCCUGGGCGUGCGGGCCGCCUUGGCACCGGGCCCGGGCCUGCUGCUGCUGGACACCGAGGGCCUGCUGGGGCCCACGUCGGAGCCGGCCCGCCGCCAGAGGCUGCUGCUCAAGGUGCUGGCGCUGUCGGACGUGGCCGUUUACCGCACCCGGGCCGAGCGGCUGCCCCGGGACCUCUUCCAGUUCCUCGGGGGGGCCUCCGGGGCCUACGGCCGCUUCUUCGCCGGCGAGCUGCGGGCCCUGGCCGCCCGCCUCCGACGCCCCGGAGAUGCCCCCUUGGGCAGGCUGGGGCCCGCCGUCCUCGUCUUCCAGGAGACCACCCGGACCCAGCUGCUGGGGCACGGCGAGGACCCCGGGGAGGCAGAUCGGCUGCUCCAGCGGCGGCUGCGGGGCCUGGACCUGGACACAGCCUGGUUCAGCUGUCUGCGCUACGUUGGCACCCACACGCCCCACCCGCCCACCGACUUCUCCGCCUUCCGUGCCGCUGCGCUGGACCUGCUGCGUGACACGGGCAUCCGCACCCCCCGGCCCCUCCACGUGGUCUACGGGGCCUUGCAGGCCCUGACAGAGAAGUUCAGCGGGGAACUCUCCGGGGAGCCAAACUCCAGCUCGUUUUUCCCAGAUGCCUAUUUCACCUGCAACGCCCUUUGUCUGAGCUGCGGGUGUCGCUGCAUAAAUGGGAUGAACCAUGAGCGGGACGGAGAGCCCCACGGGGCCCAGGGGCUGUGCCGCUUCUCCCACCGCUAUGGGAACCGAGUGCUGCUGUGCAAGCGAUGCUACGAAUGCGGGAGAGAGGAGGUGCUGCUGCCCCAGGCCACGGCUUCCACGGACAGCACCUUGCUGGGCAUCGCCAAGUUCGCCUGGUCCGGGUGGGUGCUCGAGUGCCCGCGCUGCGGCAUCGUCUACCGCAGCCGCCAGUACUGGUACGGGAACCCGGAACCCGAGAGCAGUGCCGCCCGUGCCCAGGUCCGCCACAUAUGGCCCGGGACCCUGGCCCUGGGAACGGAGCAGCCCCACACCGGCAGGCGGGUGCUAGACGGGAUGGGGGAAGCGCUGGAACUGGUGAGCGGGUACGGGGCACCCCCUGCCCGCGCCGCCGCAGCCUGGCUCGCUGACCGUGUGGCCCCUGCCUACUGGAGACCCAACGGUGACAUCACGAUGUGUGCCAGCUGCCGGCUGCCCUUCGCACCAGGGGAACGGAAGCAUCACUGCCGGGCUUGUGGCGAAGGCUUCUGCCACAGCUGCUCUGGGCAGAGGAUGCCCGUGCCUGCCCGCGGCUGGGGUCUCACCCCCGUGCGGGUCUGCAAGUCCUGCUUCCGGGCCCGACAGGCCAAGCCCCUCAUCGAGGAACCGGAGCUGGCACCGGAGGCCGGGAGGGCACUGCUGGCUCGUAGGAUGACCGAGGCCACCCAGACUGCUUUGGAGCUGGUGUCGGCAGCUGUGGAGUACCCACUGGGUUUGGUGACCGAAGCUGUCCGGCCCAGCUACUGGACAUCGGACCAGGACCUAGCCCGGUGCCAGCUGUGCCAAAGCAGCUUCACCGCCGGCCUGCGGCGGCACCACUGCCGGGCCUGUGGGCGCGGCGUAUGCCAGGACUGUUCUCCCGAGCAGCGCCCCGUGCCCUCACGGGGCUGGCCUCUCCCUGUCCGCGUCUGCCUCGACUGUGCCCGGCGGCAGGGGCAGCUGUGAGCCUGGCAGCUGCUCAGGCAAAGACUGCCCGACUCACACCGCACUUUCUGUAAUAAAAGGGGUUUUCCAAAGCUGCGGGAGGGUGGUGCUUAUGCCCUGCAGCCGGCCCUCCCCGGAACUCUAGAGUCCCUCCCCAGCAUCCCCGACUCCCUCCUCUCGCCUGGCACCGGCCUGCGUGCCCCCUUCUCCCCACGGUGGCACCCUGCUGCUAGCGUCGCGCUAAUCCUCCUUUAUUGACUGUGACCAUAUAAUACAAAUCUGCAGAUUCAGAUACAAAAAAACACCUGGAAACGAAAGUUAGAAAAGUGCGGACAGGCGGCUCGGGCCGCUGCCCUGUGCCCGCCUCCCUCCCCGCUGCUGGCGGGCACAGACGUGAGGUAACGGAGUGUCUGCUCAUC